AUGGCUACAAUAGCGAUGGCAACAUUUGAUUCAGCCGACAGCUCUUCGAGCAGUCAUGUUGAAGAUGGUUACCUGCUGCUGCAGCAGCAGCAGCAGCAGGAGCAGCAGCAGCAGCAGCAGCAACCGCAGCAGCAUCAACAGCAACCGCACCAGCAGGAUCAACAACAAGUACAGCAACAGCAACAGCAACAGCAGCAGCAGCAGCAGCAGCAGGAGCAUAGAAGGAGCAGCAGGAAGGCAGCAACAAUGUGGGUAGUAAUAAGAGGAAGCUCAACAUUUGCUGCUGAUGUUUAUUUUGUUUCUUUUUUCUCUAUUGUUAAUCACCAUACAGAGUACCUUGCUGCUGAUAAUAUGCAGCAGCAGCAGCAGCAGGAGCAGCAGGAGCAGCAACAGCAACAGCAACAGCAGCAAGAGCAGCAGAAAAAGCAGCAAGAGGAGCAGCAGCGCCUAGAGGAGCAGCAAAAGGAAGCUGCUGCUGCUGCUGCUGCUGCUGCUGCAGAUGGUGCUAAAGAUGCACCAAAGGAAGGAGACAAUGACAGCAAGCAGCAGCUGCAGCAGAAUGAGCAGCAGCAGCAGCAGCAGCACAAAGAGCAGCAGGAGGAGCAGCCAAAGAAGCAGCACGGGGACAGCAGCAGCAGCAGCAUCAACGACACCAAGAACAGCAAUGCAGACAGUAGCAGCAACAGCAGCAGCGACAGCAGCAGCAACAACAGCAGCAACAACAACAACAACAGCAGCAGCAGCAGCAGCAGCAAUGAGGAGACACCUGAGGAGACACUAGAGGAGAGACAAAGAAGAGCAGCAAAGGAGACAGCAUAUACACUAGAAAGAGGAGACACAAAAGAAAAUAAACAAAAAAAUUUCCUCCUCUUUGCUGCUGCUCAAUCUUGUAUUCAAUCUUGCCAGUAA